UGAAAAUCGACCCGUAAAAGAAAAUCCAAAAAAUCACCACAUGACCUAAACAAAACUUGUGCUUCUCACUCUUCCUUCACAAAAAAACGUUCUCUCGUGCAAACCCUCCUCCGUCUCUCUAUCACACAGCUACCCAGAUACAUAAACCCUAACUCCCACAGUCUCCAAACCACCAUCUUCCCGCUACGAGAACGAGAUGUCGAGUUCCAAAGUACUGCAAGGACAGUCAGUCCAAGUAUUCAACGAAGGGAUUGGUUUGAUUUUGAGCCGUUGGUCAGCUCUCCGAACCGCCGUUGAAAACGAGUGGGGUGGCCGUGACUCUCAUCUCAAAGCUCAACAAUUCGCCGCCGAUUUGCUUUCUUGGUUCACUCAAUCCAAAGAGCCGCUUUAUAUUGAUGACCUAGAAACGUUAAUCGAUGAAGGCAUGCUUUCUUUCAAUCUAGAGAUUCAGGAUGGUAGCGUUGAAGAGGUAGCUGAAGAACUAAUGAUUAUGCAUGAAGAAUGCUUAGAUGGUGAUUUUAGUUCUGUUGAGCGUCUCCGGGAAGCUAGCCGUAAUCCACCUCCUCAUUCUCAUGCGCAACAGGUUGUGAAUGGUGAUGAAGACGAAGAUGAUGAUUCUGACGAAGACAUCAUUGAAGAUGAUAAUUCAGCAAACAUGGAUAUGGACAUUCAAAAAUCUGAACCUAACUUGAAUUUCACGGACAAAACAGAUAAUGUGGACAAAACAGUUAAUGUGCCUCAGCCAGAGGCUGCAGGUGAAGCAGCAGAGGAUGGAUGGGUUGUUGUCUCCAAGAAGAAAACUAAGGGUAGAAAGAAUUAGAUGAAAACCUUUAUAUCAUUAAUUAAUUUUUAAGGAUGUGUAAUCUCCCCUGUUUUGCUGUGCUUGUUGAGAUGUGUAAUUGUGUUAUAUGCGGACUUUUUGUUUACUUAUUUAAAUGAAUCCCAUUCUAUGAGGCUUAUAAGAAAACAUAUAAGCUGAGCAAAUGAUUUUGGAAAACGUUGCAUCA